AUGAUACAUGUGAUCUCGUGUGUGGAAAAAAAAUUUUGAUAAUUUUUUCUUGUUUUUGAUUUCGAUUUUCUCAUUUUGUUUCAAUUCAAGAUGCAACGAAUCAAUCAGAUUUGUAUCAAAACACGAAUUCACUCGAUGAUUUCGAGUAUAAUAUCGAAGAAUUCUAAUAAACAACAACAAUGUUUGGAUUAUGAAUCACAAUCAUCGUUAAAUUAUGAAAGCCGUCGUUUUGGUCGACGAUAUCGUCGUUGGUAUCAUUGGCCAAAUGAUUUUCUACCAUUUCAUUGGGAACGUGAAAAAUUAGAACCACCAUAUUUACGUACUGGUGAUGCUGUUCGUGAUAUUGGUCUUUGGAAUAAACAGGAUUUGAUUCCCGGUGCUCAAUAUUCAACUGCGUUGAAUGAUGCACCAGAAAUUGUACGACGACAAUUUUCACUUGGUUUUGCUGAACGUUCAACAGUUGUUAAACAUCAACGUGAUAAAAUUCUUAAUCAAGUUCGUCGUUAUGAAUUUGAUAUGAUGUCACCCGAAGUAAAAAUUGCUGAAUAUACUGUUAAAAUUCGUAAUAAUUUACAUCAUUUUACAAAAAUUGAUAAAUAUGAUGCUCGUCGUAAAAUACAGCAAGAAACAUUGAAAAAUCGUCGUGCACAUCUACUUAAUGAACUUUAUUAUCAAGAUCGUCAACGUUAUGAUCGUUUAAUUAGUUUAUUAGGUAUUACACAUAGUCCACCAAAAUUAGGUGAAAUUACCUAUAAACCAACACGAAAAGGUGAAAUUCGUCGUCUAACAAGUGAAUAUUGUCAACGUAUUAAAGAAGAAAAAUUAGAACAAUAUCAUAAUGAAUUGAAACAAAAACAAUCAACAUUAGAUGAUGAACGACGUCGUAUUGAUGAAAUAAUAAAAGAAGAUGAAAAAUAUUUAGGAAUUGUUAAUGAAGGACCGAAUAAUAAAACAUUGUAAACAAUGUUUUGAUUUUGUUUUUUUGUUUCUGAUUCUGAUUUUGUUG